UGCUAGCCUAGUAAAACCCUUUUCCCAACACGCUGCUUUACUGACGUAUUAGCCUAUAGCUUUGCUACAUCCAUCAAAUAAGGACUACAGAGCUCCCACUCAGCCUCGGUGUUUGAAAGUGUUCGCCAGAGAGCCACCACCAAUCAUCAGGGCUCCGAAAACCCCUAAAGACCGUCUGACCCAGUUGGGCUCCAGUCUACAGUACGCAUUUAUCAUUACACCCUCCCGGAUGGUCUUCACUCUUGGUCAUGUGAUUAUACCGUCUGAGCCCGGAUAGCCCAGAGCGAGAGAGCAGCGUCCUUCACUUGUGCGGCUGUAGAGGAGAUCUGCUCCUCUCGAGUGCGCUGUGUGCUGCCAAACAGUGGACAAGUGAGGACGACUUCCACAACGCCGUACGCGCUACGUGUGGCAAUGGGCACACUUCGGGACCUCCAGUUUGCCCUGCAGUUAAAGAUUGAGGAGCUUCGUCAGAGGGACACACUAAUAGACGAGUUAGAGCUGGAGUUGGACACAAAGGAUGAACUCAUUCGGAGACUGCAGGAAGAGCUGGAUCGCUACAGAGCCACUGUCACCCUCCCAGGACCCUCUGCAGUCAGUGCAGCUCAAGUUGAGGACAAGCAGAGAGCCAAGAGGAGGACAGUCAUUUCUGAGCCCUUCACACUGGACCCCGCGACUCUCACCAUGGUUUCACACAAAAACUGUGACAAAAGCCAGGAGUCUCAGAGGUUGAUUCAGGCAGCAAUUUUGAAAAACGACUUAUUGAAGAACCUUGAUGAAAGAGAAAUCAGCAGCAUCAUCGCCUGUAUGUAUCCCACCACUAUCAACCAAGGCUGCUAUGUCAUUCAGGAGGGGACCAGUGGGGCUCAGGCUUAUGUUGUAGAAGAGGGGAGGCUGCAGCUGACAAAAGAUGGACGAAAGCUGCUCACAGUCGAGCCAGAAGACAUGUGUGGAGAGCUAGCACUCCUGUACAACUGCGUCCACACCUACUCUGUCUCAGCGCAAACUGACAGCAAGCUGUGGGUUAUUGACCGCAAGAGCUACCAGACCAUACUUAAACAGAGUGGUCUCAACCGCCUUUCUCAUUCAGUGGAGCUGCUUAGCAGUGUUCCCUUCCUGCAGCCUUUACCGCAGGAUGUCAUCAUGAAAAUGUCUGAGCUCAUGGAAGAGACACACUAUACUCAAGGGGACUACAUCAUUCGACAAGGGGCCUCAGGAGACACUUUUUACAUCAUUAGCAAAGGCCAGGUGAAAGUAACAGAAAAGAAGCCAGGGCAUGAAGAGCAGAUAGUCCUUUGUAAGCUCUCUGAGAGACAGUGGUUUGGAGAAAAGGCUCUGUGGGGAGAGGACAUUCGAACUGUGAAUGUGACCGCUGUUGGUGAAGUUACUUGCUUGGUGAUAGACAGAGAGACCUUCAGAGACUUCAUUGACGCGCUGGUGUUUGACUGCAGUCAUGAGAUGCAGCGAAGCCAUGAAUCCAAAAUGAGGUUAGACAAGGAUCCUGGCCUCCUCUCAUCUUCCAUCUUAAGUGAUUUCCACAUUAUUCACACUCUAGCAGUUGGGGAGUUUGGUCACGUAGACCUGGUGCAACUAAAGAGCAACAUCAAGUCUCUUUUUGCCAUGAAGGUCCUUAAGAAGACACUGAUCCUCAACAGCGGUCGCCGAGAGCACAUCCUGAGAGAAGGGCGCAUCCUUAUGGACGCUUAUUGUCCAUUUAUUGUCAGGCUGCAUAAAAGCUUUAGAGACUCCGAAUGCCUGUACAUUUUGACAGAAGCUUGUCUUGGUGGGGAUUUAUCUUGUCUACUCAAGGAUAAAGGCUGUUUGGACGAAUGCAGCGCCAGGUUUUACACAGCUUGUGUUUUUGAGGCUUUGACCUUUCUCCACUGUCGAGGUGUCACCUACAGAGACGUCAAGCCUGAAAAUGUUGUUCUGGAUGAGCACGGUUAUGCCAAACUGAUUGGCUCCAGGUGUUUAAAGAGGGUUGAGGUGGGUAAGAAAACCUGGACAUUCUGUGGUACACCAGGCUACGUGGCACCUGAAAUCAUCCUGUACAAAGGCCACGAUACAUCUGCAGACCUCUGGUCACUCGGUGUUUUUUUGUUUGAACUUCUGAGUGGUGGGCUCCCAUUCAGCAGCUCAGACCUGAUGAAGAUUCUCACCGCAACCAUUCGUGGCAUCGAUCAGAUUGAUUUCCCCAAAACCAUCAGCAAAAGUGCCUCCAGUCUCAUAAAGAAACUGUGCAGGAGCAAUCCUUCACAGAGACUGGGCUGUAUGAGAAAUGGGGCCAAAGACGUUCAGAAGCACAAGUGGUUUGAAGGAUUCAACUGGGAUGGGCUCUGUAAAAGAUCAUUACACCCCCCGGUUAUUCCCAAAGUUAAGCAUCCUGUAGACAGAAGUACCUGUAGUCGUUACACUGAGGACUCGGUGGAGGAGAUCACAAGCUGGGAUGAUUUCUGAUGGAUCAAACUGUGAACUGGGGAAUAAAACGCCGUCAGACAAAAAUUCCUCAUUUUCUGUUUUAAUCCUCAUAAAAAAUUCACUUGUACAAAAUAACUUCCACAGUAUCAGCGACUGCUGAUAUUGUUUGAUAAAUGAACCGUGCUGCCUACCCUGUUGAGCUGAGACUGUUUUUGAUGUAAAAUCACUAUAGAUUUAGAGUUAGAAAAUAUCACUGCAGUUUAAUGUAACUCAAUAAACAAAUAAGCUGCAUCA